AGGAAAUGGUACCGUUGGCUGUCUGCUCUCAAGAAAACCGGCGACGAGCAUCCAUACCCGGCAGUUUGACAGUACAUCUUCACUGCUUUCAGCUCACCGUCACCGCAACAGCCGUCAAGCAAGAUCCAUCUGUUAAGCAAAACUUGAGUCGUUCACACAAACACAGCAACAUUAAGCGACUUAGAAACCAAAGCAACACUUGUAUGCUGCAAUUUCUGCCAAUAUCCGUGAAGGGCUCGGAGAUUAGCGGUACCUAUAAACGGCUGCAGGAUGGAGACGCAGAUACAUGUGCCCGUGGGGUCGCCGGUGAUCAGAAAAAUUCCCAUUUUCGUGGACGAACACAGCGUGACGGAGGGGGCGAUGAAGCUCAUUAAAGAGCUGAGACCGGCGUGGGACGCGAGCCUUGUCAAGACGAAGCUCUUCACUGAUGGAACCACCAACAAGCUAGUGGGCUGCUACGUGGAGGACACCCCAGAAGACGUGGUCCUGGUCCGGGUAUACGGGAACAAGACGGAACUGAUUGUGGACAGAGACAAUGAGCUUAAAAGCUUUCAGGUGCUACACGCUAAUGGCUGUGCUCCUCGCCUCUACUGCACCUUUCAGAACGGUAUCUGCUAUGAGUUCAUGCAGGGGGACGCUCUUGGGACACAGGAUGUCAGGGAUCCUUCACUACUCAGACUGAUAGCCAGGGAGAUGGCUCGUAUCCAUGCCAUCCAUGCACACAAUGGCUGUAUCCCCAAACCCAACCUCUGGAUCAAGAUGCGAAAAUACUUCUCCCUCGUGGCCACAGAGUUUACCGACCAAGCAUCCAACAUCAGAAUCCAGCAGGAGGUUCCCAGCAAGGCGGUGCUGGAGCAGGAGAUGGUAUGGAUGAAGGAGCAUCUCUCCACGUUGGGCUCCCCUGUGGUGCUCUGCCAUAAUGACCUUCUCUGCAAGAACAUCAUCCACAACAGUAAAGAGGGUCAUGUUCGCUUCAUAGACUACGAAUACUCCAGCUACAACUACCAGGCCUUCGACAUCGGCAACCACUUCAAUGAAUUUGCAGGAAUGGCAGAGCUGGACUAUGGGCUGUACCCCAGUCGGGAGAUGCAGAUGGACUGGCUCCAAGUGUACCUGCAGGCAUACAAGCUCUUCACCAAGAAAACAGAGGAGGUCAGCCCGCGAGAGCUGGAGACACUCUACGUACAGGUCAACAAGUUUGCUCUGGCUUCUCAUUUCUUUUGGGGCUUCUGGGCACUCAUCCAGGCCAAAUACUCCUCCAUCGACUUUGACUUCCUUGGGUACGCUGUGCUACGUUUCAACCAGUACUUCAAGACCAAACCCACAGUGAUGGCCCUGCAGAUCCCUGAAUGAGAGGAGACAGGAAGACAGAAUGCGGAGAGAAGACAGGAGGAAGGGUGGGACCGGUUUAAUGCCGGGUCUUCCUGUAGGGUGGGAACUCUUCUCUGUGAGCCAGCUGUUGAUGGACCACUGCUUGGUCUACUACCUGGCUUCCUUUUCUGCAACAAGCGCAAUUACUCCUUCAUUCCUCCAUCUUAGCUUCAUGUCUGUCACAACUGUAGCUCAAGAAUUAUCAAACUUCCAGUUCUGUGUGUACGGGUGUGAAUGUAUGCUUGUGUAUGUCCUUAAUUUAUCUUGAAACCCGACGUCUUGCUUUCCCUCGUAGGGCAGCUGAACAAGGCGUAGUGAGCACAGCCGCCACACAGAGUUUAAGGUAGAGAUCAUUGACUUAAAACCUGCUUUAUUUUUCUGUCACAAUGGCGCCAAAAUGUUCCACAACGCUGGUAAUGAAGGUCAAAAGAGGGCCUAAGAAGGGUUUGAUGCUGACAUUGACAUAUAGUUUGUUCUCUGUGUGCUAUAUCUAUGGCUCAAUGCCAUGGCCUCAUUAUAGUUAGAAAGGUACUAUAGAGGCAGUUCACCUGGGAUUCCUCAGAUUUUGCGUGUGGUGUGUACGGUGAGACCAAUCCUCCUCCUCUCUGCAGAUAUUUUAACGCUUUAUGUUCUAUUAUGUGCGGUCCUUCCUCUUUUCUCUCCAUCUUUGGUACUAAGUGCUCGUCGCUGCGGAUAUUCCUGCACUGCACUUCCCAGAGAUCACCUGUGCAUCCAACACAGUGGGCGGUACCCCGUCGUCUCUUCCCUCAGAUUUUUUCCGGCCGUUGCAGUUUGAGCUUCUGUCAGUUCCUCUGCUAGUUAUUCUAAGCAAACCGCUGCUGCUGCUAGAAAUGAACAGACCUUUCUGUGUGCUAGUGGACUUUUCUCCCUGGAAGGACCUACCAGACACUGAGUGUGUGGGACAGCAAAUGGAAAAGCUUUUCACAGACUUGUCUGUAGGUUGAAUCACUCUUGUGUUAUAGCAAUCGGUGAUAGAGAGUAGCUAAAUGUGCAUUAAUUUAUUUAUGUGAAGACAUUGUGGAUUAUUUAACAUCUCAGGUGAAACAAAUCUUGAGCUUUGGUUGCUUUGUGUUGAAUAGAGACAUGAAGGAGGAGGGGAGGUAGAUGUUGGUUAAAAAGAGGGGACCUGUGUAAAUGUCACUCUGUGUGCAUUCUGUCCUCCAACCGUUUUUCCACCUUCUUGACUUUUAUGGUUACAGCGAGUCGCUCUGUUAAACUUUCCAUUUAAACUUUCCAGAGCUCUUGGAAAAUCACAACCUCAGUGACCCCCACCGCCAACCCCUCCUCCCUCUCUUUUAUGCCCUCCUGCUGUCUGCUCUCCGCACGUUACCAUCUUUGAUCUCCUCCCACCCCGGUUUUGUUUCAUAUCUCCCUUUAUCUGUUUAGACUGUGGCAGUAGCACCUGUUCCACAGACCAUCUUACCAUCAGAGGCUGCUCUCAGCCCCACACUGUAAUCCUUUCCCAGUUACAUCCCAGAUUUGGAGCCAAAUUUUGUUACAUAAUCAGACAUUGCAUAAGUUAUAUCCGGGGUCAAAUCAAGUCUAGCUUAAAAAAAGAGGCAUGAAUGGGGCUGUGCUGCUGUCAUGAGAUCACCCAUUACUUAGAUGGAAAAAGAUGGCAUCUGACCCAAAACAUUCUAGAAGGAAACUAGAGUUCUUGAAGGGAAAUUUCACACACCAAAGCCUGUUUAAAGGUGUUGAUGAGUACUUCUGCAAAUGUGGAAAAAGUUAUAUAAAAAAAUCAAAACAGUGUCCUCAAGUGAUGUCACUUGAGUCAGUGUCAGUCGGGGUCUACAGGUUUGAAAAUGAAAACAAAUCUGGACAUGUGGUGUCAGAAAGAAGUGAGCUUAUGGGUAAUGUAGGUCUGGUUCUGCUGCAUCGAUUUGUGUUUAAAAUGGUUUGCCAUGAGUCCGACAAUGUUAUAGGAGUGCAAUGCUAUAGCUGUGGAGUGCCCUUUAAACAAAGCAUUAUCAGGACUCUUAGGUUAAUACACUAGAGUUUCAGUACUGUACAUAUUCUGUCUGUCUUUGUACUCCAGCUAUUUACUAUAACACUUCUGUAAGAGGGGAGGACUUGUGAAAGCUUUUGAUUUUAAAGAAACGGUCAAAAUUGAAGCAGCAGAGACUGAGAGAGCCUGAACACUGGAUCCUACAUUUCCCACAAUGCAACUCUUUCAACUUUCAUUCUUUCUUUCUUUCUUUCUUUCUUUCCAGUUGGCAAUGCAAAGUUUCUCUUGUAAAUUUGUCUCCAAUCCCACACUGAAAUGACUGAAGUGACGUCAGUUGAGUCUAGGGCUGCGACUAAUGAUUAUUUUCAUCAAGGAGUGAUCUGCAGGUUAGAGCUCUGAAAUCUUACAACAAAUGCUAAUCAAAACAUCCCUGAGCCCUAAAUAACCUCUUUUUUUCCUGACCAACAAUCCAAAACCCCAGAAUAUUCAUUACAGUGAUUUAUGACAAAGAAAAGCAAAUGCCCCCAUUGAACAAGCUGAAAGCAGAAAACUUGAAAAGUGACUUCAACUAUUAAGCAAUUAUAAAACCAGUUGCUGAGUAGUACUUACACAACCAUCUGCAUGUAUCAAAUCAGUGGAGUACCCUUAAAGCACAGUUGGUCUUAAUGGCCAUUCAUUUCUCCUUUUUCUCAUUCUGGCCACUCACAGUUUAAGAGCCUCUAUAAUCAACUUAGAUUGAAUUAGACAUUGGCUUUAAUUCAUUUGGCCUUAACUAAGUUAUACAUACACUCCAAGAAGGUCUUAAAGAGUCUUGUAUUUGGCUUUUUGAAACCUGCAGAUACUUUGACCCCUGACCUCUGGUUAUAAUGAACUGAAGCACAGUCCUUUACUUUCAUGAGUGAAUCUGAGCAAAAGAUGAUACCUUGUGAAGCUGUUCAUUAAUGCUGGGCUCCAGAAAAGGGAUGUCCUCUCUCUUACACACAUACUCUUUAGGAUAUCUAACCUCUCACAGGCCCAGCAGGGGGAGACACUGAGCUCUGACCUUUGUCCUCCAGUGCAGGUCUCAUGUAACUGUCAGGCUUAAUAAUUUACAAAGUGAGCAGCAGCCCCUCAGAGCAGCAGAACAGGCAGAUACCAGCUGAUGUUAAUGGUUACCAGUCUGGACAGUCCACCUAAGGAAUGACACAAGUGCUUUCGGAGGAAUCACAUGUAUAUUUGAAAUGUGUGAGUGGUUCUUAUCCUUAGUGAUGAUCAGAGCCUUCUGAAUGUGAAUUAUAACUCAGGGGCUGUGUGAAGCUAAAGUGGGUUUAAGAGUUGCUUAGUGAAAGAUGUACUCGUAUGAUGGCACAUAUUUGGGAGCGAAAAGCUACAGACGAAAUAGUUGAAAAAGCUAUCACCCAUGUCAGUAGUGCAUUUUUAAUUUGAGAAUAAUCGAGAGGCCCUUAUUUUAGGGAACUACAAGUGGAGUAAUCUGCUUAGUAGAUUUGCAGACAAAGACCAAAUUAGUGAGCUUGCUGCUUGAACGCACAAUCCUAAUACCCUGGUAGGAAUUCAGCCUGGAUAAAAAGGGCAUUUGCACUCCAUGAGCUCUGAAUGAAUUUCUCCAUUCACUUAAUAGAGGACACUGACCCACAGUGGACCUCAUCUAGUGACACAGUUUGGGAUUUUGGAAGAUAAAAGUUAGGGGGCAGCUUUAUUUUGUUUCCUCGGAAAUUCUAACUAACAUUAGCAGGCAGUGAUGUUAAAGGCUAGAGCUAAAUGUAGGGUUGUCCUAAAAACUUUGCACUCAUUCAGAAGUGUGCUAAUAUUUUAGCAGCCGUCUGGUCCACUGGUCACCUUACCCACCGUGUGGAAUGGCAUCAAAACGUUACGCACCAAAAUCAUGUUGUUGCUGACAUAGUUCAGUCCAGUGUGUAUUUUAUAGGUUAUAUAUAUGAAAUUCACUUUCCACUGGAUGUCUCACUAGAGCACCAGCAUCUCAGACCAAAACAGUGGGACAGAAAUACACUAAAAUUCACCAAGACCUACGUCUUUCCAACAAUCACUAGCGCUGGUUUAGUCAGAGUAAACCCUUGAUUCGCAGAGAAUAGCUGCAAAAUGUUAUGCUAUGUAACGUUGGCUAAUCCUUGGGGACAAAUGCACCGUCAAAGUGCGUCCACUAAAAGUUGUUGUUUCUGCCACUGACAGGCUCAGAUUGUUGUUUUAAGUGUCUGACAACAUCAUGGAAAUAGAUAGACCUUUUGUUAACUAUCGCUUGCCACCACACUCUGUAGACAGAAAUGAUCAUUUUACCUCGUAUAUCAUCGUCUGACAUUCAAAGUAGACAGAAACAAAAUAAAACUCACCACAAUAGUAUGUGUUAGUCUUCCCACUGUCCCAACUGUCACCAGCUCUGGUUUGGUUGAAAUAAAUCCUUAAUUCACCGAUGUAGAUGAGUGAAACAGCAGUUUCUGUCGCUCCACUCAGCUCGGACACUUGUGACCAUAUGACAUAUUGACAGGUCUUUAAAAAACAACUUAAUACAGUGCUGAAAAGCAGUGUUUUUCACCCCUUUAUUUAGCCCUAGCAAUGUGAAAAGUUAAACCACUAGAGGUCAGUAAAGACACGAUUUUCAGUAGUCAUUGUUACGUUGAUCUUUAAACACACAAACUAGCACUGGAGAACAAGUGACUGAUUUGACAGAACCAGAGCUUUCAACUGCAUCACACCGUCUUCAUCAGCAGGUUGAGUUUGCUCAGUUGUCAUGGAGAUGGAUCUGUUCUCGAAAAAAAGCCAGAAAACUGGUUAGUAUCACUUAAGUUAUGAAGUAUUUCCAAUGACAUUAAAUGUGUGUGUUUUUUCUAAAUCUACAAAUACAAAAGCUCCGUCUGUGGAUAUACGUAAAGAAUCUAUAGUGGAAAGACAAAGUGAUGGGGCCUUUAACUAUCCAUAGGAAAAUGAUCAUCAAUGAGACCUAUGACAGCUCUUCCUACUACGCGUCUUAAUUGUAACUUGUUUUGUUUAUGAAAAAGGUAGCUAAUGUUAGCUAAAGGUUUUGUCUGACAUUGUUGCUUUCAGAAGUUGUGGAUCCACAGACCGUAGAGUGAAAACAAUGAAGUGUAACUGCUGAAAGUAUCAGUAUCAUACUUUUAAUCAUUCAACUGAACAUUACCAGACACACCUUGAUGACUUUGUUGACAAUUUGCUCAUUACAUUACACACUGGGUAAGGUGAAAAUAAGCCAAACAAGAAGUUAUUGUGGACAGUGAAGCUGAAAAACCUUUAAAGACCAAUACAUCCAUUGUUUUUCUGCUGACCACGGGCCAUCUGCAUUUCCUGUUCCAUGCUGGCUGUCAGAGAUUUCACUCUCUUUAUGUUAGGUCAGUUUUAAACAGGGUUUAUUUAUUGAGUGAAUCUAAUGUUGCAUUUCACACCUUUUCUUUCAUCGUUUUCUAAUCAUACCAAAAUGGUUAGCAUCAGAGGGUUUGCAUUGCAGUUCAUUUGAGAUUAACUAUUUUUAUGUGUGAAUGUACUAACUUAAUUUUGAGAAACACUGUACAGAUAACUGAUUUUUUUCCCCCCUUUGUAUGCUGAUAUUUCCUUUUUGUAAAUGCUCUGAGCGCUGUGUAAAGGGACCCAGCAUUUGGCUUGCGGAUGUGACUUUGUAAAUGUACUCAUCCGCUGCUAAAGGAGAUGCUGCGUCGAAUGCGUGCGGAGAUGGAGGAUGUAAAUACUGUAAGAAAUACUGUGAAAAAGCUUACUGUACAGUGAUCCUUCACACCUCUGUAGGAGUGGCAAGAAGAAUUAUUUAACAGUCGUCAGUAAAUAUUUCCAUUAAAAUGUAUAAAAUACUAAAA